AUGUCAUCAAUACAACCAUCAACUUUUCCUCCUCAUACUCUUACCAUUGAGCCUUACAAGCAAGAACAAGGGUUACCCUCUAUAGGAAACUAUAUUAUUGGACAUUUUGACGAGGAUUCGAUUGUAGUAUACCAAGCUUAUUCACCUGAGAUUGCUGAGUAUGCUGUCAAGCACCAGCGUUUUGGUGGUGAUGCUUUCAGCUUUAGUCGCAUGUCCUGGAUCAAGACCAGCUUUGCAUGGAUGCAAUACAGGAGCGGGUGGAACACAAAAUCUCGUCAAGAGCGCACAUUGGCCAUCAAAAUGAAGCGUGCAGGAUUUGAUUCUAUUGUGGCGAAUGCAGUGGGUAGCAAGUAUGUCCAAGAAAUCCAUGGCACAAAGGAAAACUUUGAGCAGCUCAAAACAAGUGGCGAGGUGCGUCUUCAAUGGGAUCCGGAUUAUGUACCAGCGUUGACACCUCAACGACUACAACGACGUGCCAUCCAGCUGGGUUUACGUGGCGAAACAUUGCGGCGCUAUGCAACCGAGUGGGUCAUUUCGAUCGAAGACAUCACGCCCUUUGUUGUGGAAAUGCGGGAACGACUACGUAGAGACCCAUCAGGGACAACAUUAUGGAUGCCAAUACAAAGAGUCUAUGAAUCAUACAAUAACGACGUAAAUCAUACCCCAUCCUAA